AAAUUCUAUCGUCCUUUCUUCCUCAUCACUCUCUUCCUGUUCACCCUCUAGCUACCCAGCUGCAGCAAGAACGACGCUUCCACGACUCACUCGAGACGAACUAAUCUUCACGACAUACCUUCGGCACCCAAGUGGCAGCUUUUCGCGCACACACUAUCGUCGACGGGCGACAAACUCACGAUCAAAAACAAAGUUCACCCACCUUCACUGAUCGCGCGAUGCCAUUCUACGGUGCAAUUCACGGGAUCUCUGGCGAGGCCGCUGGACCGAUGACUGCCUUCGAGCAGGCUUACCUGCCCUUUUCUGGCGCUCACCAGACUCUUCAAUCGCUUCCACCACGCAACCUUCCGAGCGAAGCGCACAAAUCAGAAGUCAAGGUGACGCAAUCUCACCCAUCCCCUCGUCCACGCAGCUCAAGCGUGCUGGCUGACCACCAAGCCAAGCUUCGCAUGGGACCUUGCUUCGCCCUGAGAGCGCCUACAUCUACGGCUUCCGCUACCACUCCAUACUAUGCCAUGCACCAUGGAUCUGGCGCGAGCAAGCCUGCCUUCACCACCUCGGUCACCGACCUACAGAUGGCCGUCCCGCAGUCUGCCAUUCAACCUCGACCAGCAUACCCAAAGGUGCCACAAAGGUCUAGCUCGUAUCAGCUGACCCAGCAGAACAAGAGUCGCUACGACUGGCUGCAAGAGACAGAGAGGCACGGCACUGCUUUCGCCCACGCCGACGAUCCUAUCAACAGACGUCCAUCUGCUUCGGAAUACUGCUGCAUCCAACGCCCUUCCCCACCUAGCCUCAAGCGUGAACACAGCAGCGAGAGCUCCAGCUCUGAUAGCACUGCUGGCACCACCCCCUACGAGACUAACACCUUUGGCCUCAACUCGGCUUGUGUGAGCCCAACCAGCACCGUCAUGACCUCGCCUUGCACUUCCAAGCCUACAUCACCGCGAUAUCGAGCCACUUCGACCGUCGCUUGCAAUGGCUCCGUGCUGGGCAACGCCGACGACUCCUUCAUUCUGACUUCGCACGCGUCUCUUCGUCACGUUAGCCAGCUCGUCCCUGCAAGGUCGGUCGCCACUGGUUUCGGCAACAGCGCUUUGGGACUCUCGAUGGGCGUUCCAGUCAUUCCUAACCCGAGCGCUCAGCAGCAGUUGCCCGCCAAAUGCUCAGGGCCUGCUUUUGAUGUCGACGUACCCUCCACGCCUCCAACAGAUCGCUUCGACCCACUGCCACCUCGAUCUGGUUCAGCUUCGCCCGUCAAUCCUCCCGCAUACCUCGCUCAGAGUCCCCUCGUCGCUGUGUCGCAACCAGUCGCUUCGUCACCAAGCUCAAGCGCGGCCAUCAUUGCAGUCAGUGCAAUCGGAAGCGACGUCACCACCUGCGUCAUCAAUGAGCAGCAACCUGCCUCUGUUCCUCUUGCUCGUCACCCUCGCAGUCAGUCCUCGGUCGAAGUAUGCCACCUUCCAGCCCGAGCUAUUGCGGCUCGCAACACUGCUGUAGUGACCGUAGCACCUUUGGGUCGAUCCGAUAUUGCCGUGUCUACUGCCGACAUUGCUUUGCCCGACCUCGGCUACAGCAAGGUGUCGCAGCUACCAGUUCAAGAAUCGGGACUUCGCGCGCGCCGUUUGGGCAAAGGGCAUCCCAUCCUGAGUCUGAGGUCCGAAGCGCCGCAGGAAGCUGAAGCCUCUGCAUCGAGCAUGCAUCACGCUCCGCUCAGCUUCUCCGAAUCUUCUCUGUUGGAAACUGGCAAUUCCACGGACAACGGCAGCCCCAACGAGGCCAAAAUGAACAUGGACACCGUCUGCGACUCGCACGCGAGACAAAAUUGCCAAGAGCCGUCAAACCAUUUGCGCUCUUCGUACUUUGCAAAGCUUUCCGCACUGGACGACUGCCGAGACGACCAGAGCGAUGGGACGGUGACGCCGAACCGCUACGCGGCGAGCAGUCCUGCCCAGGAGAAGGUCCACAAGGACGAGGAUGAGGUCCCAGCAGCUGUAAAGGCAGCACACUCUCGCUUCGCAAAAGCUUUGCGCGCUACAGUACAGCCGCAAACUCAUAUGGAGCUAGCUAUCCGAAGAAGCCUUGCGCCCACCCCACCGCUAGGCAGUCCCUCUAUUCUUGUAGACCACGUUCCCAGUCAGCCUAGCAAGCCGCAGCUGCUUGGCCAAGCACGCUGGGUAGAACACAAUGCCUCGGAGCUUUCAAAGACUGAGCGAGCAUCACCAUUCGAGCUGGGCUCGUCCUUGAUCGCCCAGCGGACCGACAGCUCGCAUGCGUGCGCUGCUCCCCUCUCGCCUCUCCCGCCUGCUCAUGUUGCGGUGAGACUACAAAUGGAAAGAGAUCUCGAGGAACAGAAGAGGUCUUCGAGCGACGAUGGCGACGCUUCGCGCAGACGCUACACAGUCAGUGGAGUCUACAACUCUGGUCCCUCGAUUGCCUCCGAUCGUUUCAUGCACAGUCUCAGCUCCAGAGGCCCGCUAUCCUCACGCGAUAUACUUCAGGCUGCAGAGCGCGACAGGAUGGAUUCUGGUGCUCAUCAAGCGCGAACGCUGUCCAGACCAGCAUCUUGGGGUCCCGAUAAAGCAGACGACAGCGCAAAGGUGAACGAGCAUACCUGCCCGGCUCUCGGUCCUGCAAGCAAUGGCAAAGUCCCUGCACGUCCCGCAAAGUCCAAGCUGCGCCUGAUUGCAGCCACUCCUGGCGCUAUUCCGUCGGUCGUGACGAUGGCUCGCGACAAGUCGACGUCGAGCCAAAUUCCUCCCUCUCUGCGAGGUGUUUUUGCAACGGUACUCGGCCGAGCCCGCGACACUGAGCCUGGCAGUACCGCUCCUCCAUCCACUCCUGCCACACCCGCCCCCAGACUCGUCGCACCAAAGGCCAUCUCACCUGCACGCGCGGCAUUCAUCAACAAGCUCACUGAAGUCGCAGUGAUGCCAACGUCGUCGAACAUCCAGGAGGAUGUACUUCGCGAGGACCUUGAAUCUCAAUCGCUCGUUGUUGCUCUGGAGCACUUCGUUCCUGAUCCCGAAAACCUCCCAAACUUUCCUACAUCCAUCAAGAUGGCGACGGGAUCGAGCAGCAGCAACAGCGGCUCGAGCUAUCUUCCUCCAUGCAAGACGACUGGCUCUCGUCGAUCCAGCAUCCGCUCCCGCAUUCCUUCCAUGGACGAGGACGCUCCCGAUCACGAGACCCACAGACCUCCACGCAUGUACUCCAUGCCUUCGACGAGUCAACCUAGACAGAUCGAAGAGCAUCGUCUGACUCCUAGGCCCAUCGAGCCUGCCGCUGUUGUCACCGCAUCCGGAGCGCUGGUUCGUCCGGUCUUGAUUCCUGCCCCCAAGCGCACUUAAAGUUUUCGAUGCACGCUCAGUCGUGAAGAUCCGACUCUCGACUUCGCUUCCCACCACCACAUAGCCCCUAGCACAUGUAUCCUAGCUGUCAUCUCUCUUCCAUCUCGCACGUCCCGGGACUGCUUUCAAUGUUUCGUUGGGCAACUCAUUAUCAAUCCUGGCAAGUAGCCACCACACAUUUGCACAACACGCUUGAGACACAAUGAAAUGGAUGCAUGCAUACAUGU